AAUGUCAUUCUUAUUUGAUUGUACAUACUUUUUGAUUUGGUGAUGUUGUCGUAUUUAUCCAAUUAAAUUUUAAUUAUUCGACAAACCUUUAAAAUAGUUAUAUAAAAUAGUUCCAUUUAUUCAUAUCCGAGUGAUAUUCGGAAUAUUCAGCAGGCUGUAUAAGUUUUUGGUAGAGUUUGGUCAUUUGUGAAUAAAAAAAAAACAAUUUGUACAGUUGAUCCACGUAACUCUGUGAAAUUAUAUAUUUUCAAGUUGAAUUUCAUUAUUGAGUCAUCACGGCGGGUCGAAGCGGCAGCAUGCGUCGAGCCAGGGAUGGCUAUCCAUAUCAGCCUAUACCCCGGGCUCCCACAGACGAUGUGCUCGAACACGAAAACGAAAGGAUGGCUGGAGAGCUUGGCGAAAAAAUAUCUACAUUGAAACAUAUGUCGAUAGAAAUCGGCAAUGAGGUGCGAUAUCAAGACAAAAUUUUACGAGGAUUGGAUGAUGAUGUAGACAGAAGCUCUGGCUUUCUCGGCAAAACCAUGGGAAGAGUACUCAGACUUGGCAAAGGAAAUCACAACUAUUACAUAUUUUAUUUGUUCAUCUUUUCAAUUUUCGUGUUUUUCUUGCUGUAUAUUGUAUUAAAAUUCAGAUGAUUUAUUAUAGUAGGGUAUAUAAUGUGUCUGGAUCGGGAUUUGGAAGAUUUAUGUAAAUAUUGCCUUGUUUUAGGAAUCCUUAUUUAAUUAUUUUGUAAUAAAUAAAAUUGUAUAAAGAAAUUUUGAUUUUCAUUCAUUUAUUAUUUAAAUAACUAUUGAACUUAAUAUAAUGUUGAUCAGUAAUCAGCUUUAUUAGAAAAAAUAAAAACAAAUUAUACUUAUAAUUAUUUAAUAUAUGCUGCAAUAACUUUUACACAAUAACUGUUAACAGACCUUCAUAAAUUUUAUCCAGAAUCGGAAAUCUCAUACAAUUCCUGUAAAGUCUUGCAAUUAUGUUCACUAAACCCAUUUUGUUUCACAGCAAUAUAUACUCUACUAGUAGUUUUUGAUUUUCUUGAGCAUCCAUAAGCUGUAUCAAUGAGAAGUGCUGUAACACCACAAGCAUUUUGAAAAUUAUCACUACAGUAUGCACUUAAAUCAUCUAAAAUAAUCGUCGAUGGAAUAGUUUGCCAAUCUGGUAACGUUGCCACACCUUCGAUAAGUGUGUGUAAGUUAG